AAAGUUUUUGCACCUAACGCACUAUUGUAUGGGGUAAUCAACCGUGCUUGUAAGACGUGAAGUAAUAGGAAGGCGCACAAACCGUGAAAAACAUUUAUUCUCGGCGCUCUCGCACAAGUUUGGACUGGAAAGUGAGAUUCUCCAGAACAUUGAACGUUACUGGAACAGAGAUGCCUUUCAGAAUGGCCCCCACGGAACACGAGGAUAGGCUUGUAAAUAUUGGGACUAUCUAGUAGCCUGAAUUAAAACAGGAAGGAUCUGUUUAGAAGCGGAUUUGAGAGGAAUCGCCUUGGCUUGAUUAUGGAUGGGAGAGAUUUUGGGCACCACCGGACAGUUCACGUCCCGUCUCCGCUGUUGACGGGACUGGGCAUGGAGGCUCACAGGCUCGGGGCACCGAGCGCCAGGAUGAUUUCCACCGGCGGUCACCUCGGCACGGCGCUCGGGUCCCACCUCCCCCCGGGAAAGUACCUCUCCUCGCCGGUUUCAGUUCACGGGCACUCGGGUUAUUCACACUUGCCCAGCAGCUUAUACCCUCCGUACAUCCCCAUCGGUCAUCUGGAACACCCAGGCAGUGGAAGCCCCCUCCUCGCCCAGCUCAGCCAACACAACCUGUUUGAUUCCCAGAAAGAUGGAUACUAUUUCCACAGCCACGCCGGCCAACAGUCCCUCCAUGGCGCGGCCAACCCCCAGGCCAACAUCCCACGUGCCUCCCCAGGCCACAUGCCCGCUUCUGCCCUCCGCGAGAAGGAGCUCUGCCACGCUCUCAAAGGCGUCAAGGAGUCGGAGAGGUACCUGAGCAAAGACCCCAAGGAGAAGCUCUACAGGAGCGAGGUGAACGUCAACGUGAGCAAGAAGGAGAAGGACAAGCCCCGGGAGGAGUCCAGACCCAGGAGCGUGGUUGACCUCACCCAGGAUGGAGUGCGGACAGAGAACGACCGGCGGAUACACCUGCUGGACAAACCCAUCAAGAUGGCCGACCACCUCCCCACCGUCCUCAACAGCCACUCGCCCAACCGCGGCCCCGGUCCCGGCCCCGGCGGCAGCGAGCCCAAGCCCAAGAACCCCCUGCAGACCCUGUCCCUCAGCAACUGCAACAGCGACUCCAGCUCCGCCCUGCGGCUGGCGGGCGGCGAGCAGGAGCGGUGUUCCAAGGACUCGCUGAAGCACGACGAGAACAUGAGGCCGCCGCCGCUGCACGGCCACGCCGACAAGGCGCGCAAGUGCGACCCGGUGGCGACGGCCGCCGGCACCUUACACGUCUCCUGCGGCUGCCCGUCCCCGCACCCGUCGCAAGCGGCACGCCUCCCCCCCGCAACCGCCUUCCCCCCGCUGCCCGUCCACACGGGCAUCUACACCAUCUACCCCAACGGCAGGGAGCCGGGCAAGGAGCAUAAAGUCAUCGCGCCCACCUUCGUCCCUUCCGUCGGCUUCUACGAGGACAGGAACGGGCCCAUUCAGAUCGCCUCGCAGGCCCGGGACAACAGGAACGACAAAAGCAAGGAGAAAGACGUUGUCGGCAGGACUUGCGGAGAGCGAGCGGGCCCCUUGCAGGGCUCUGCGGAGAGGAUAGUGGAUUCCUCCCGGUUGAUGGGGCAUCAGGACCUGCCGGUCCACCCGGACAUCAAACGGGUGGAACACAUGAGGGAGGAAGGAUCCGUCAUCAGGUCCAACUCGCUGGCAAUCAAGAGGCCGGUGAACUCGGAACUCUUCUUGAACAAGGCGGGCCACAGCCCGUGUGAAACGGCGAAAGAUUUGGUGAGGUCGGGCUUUGAGGUGGACCACAGGGGCCAAGAGAGGGACAGGUUCCAAAGGCCCAUCCUGAAGGAGUCGUGCAAAGUGUACAAUGGUGCGGAGGUGGCGAGGCUGCACCUGGAGCAGGCGCAGCUGAAACGCUCGGCCACCCCGGAGCCCAAGUGGAAGCCCUUCGAGAUGGCAACGUACGCAACCAGCCAGAUGGCGGCGCUGGCGGCCCAGCACAACCACGCCAGCCGGGCGGAGGAGGAGCAGAAGAAGGCCUUCCUGGACACGGCUGCCCUCCAGCGCGCAGCAGCGGCAGCAGCGGGCAACCCCAGCGAGGUGUCGGCCAUGCAGAGCCUGAUCAAGUACAGCGGCAGCUUUGCCAAGGAGACCGCCACGGGCAGGGUGGGCAGCGGCAAGAAGAGCCCGUUCGGGGGCCUGGGCAACAUGAAGAACGAGUCGGGCCAGCACAAGGUGCAGCACCUGCCGCUCCAGCAGCUCGGCAAGCAGCUGAAGCGAGACCCCGAGAGGCCCGACAGCGCCAAGUCCUUCGGCAGGGAGGCCGGGGGGGCUCAGGGCGAGGUGGAGGUCCGGCAUCCGCCCGUCGGCAUCGCCGUGGCCGUGGCUCGGCAGAAGGACAACAGCGGCAAGCCCGGGCCCGGCACGAUGGACAGGGACCGCUCGCUAUCCAUGAACAGCAUCAAAGGACACGGGCGGACGGAGGAGGAGAGGAGCGAGGAUCGCCACCGACACCGGGAGGAGCGGCUCAUCGCCCGCGAGCAGGAGAAGCUGUUGAGGGAGAGUAAGGAGUUGGCAGACUUUGCCCGGCUGCACCCUGCCAACUGCGCCAAUGCCGGCCUGAACGCCAACCUGAUGGUGAUGGGCGGCCCGGCCCUGGCCAGCUCUUCCCGCUGGUCCACCGACCCCACCUCGCACCUGGCCGCUCACCCCUGGCUCCCUCGAACCGGCAGCCCCUCCAUGUGGCUGGCGGGACACCCCUACGGUCUGGGCCACCCAUCGCUGCACCAGGCGAUGCCCCCAGGGUUUGCUCCGAGCAUCCCCAGCUCGCUGCCGUCCACGUACCAGUUUGCACGAGACCCCCAAUCGGGCCAAUUGGUCGUCAUCCCCACCGAACAUUUACCGCACUUUGCAGCUGAGCUGAUGGAGAGGGCGCCCCCCAUGUGGCCGUCGAUGUACCCCCCAGCGGGCAGCUCCCUCCAGCACGCCCACCAGCUCCAGCUCCUGUCCCACCAGCAACUCUUACGCCAGCACGAGCUCUACGUCCUACAGCAGCAAGCAGCGCACGCCAUGGAGCUACAGCGCAGCGCCCAGCUCGUCGAGCGGUUGAAGGCCAGCGACCACCGGCUGGAGAUGGAGGAGAAGAUGUGUAAACGAGGGGCGGAGUUGGGCAAGCCGGGCCUGGUGUCCUCCUCGUCGGGACUGCUGCAGAAGAGACACCCCUCGCACUCGCCAGCCCCGUCCACGUCCUACCACAAGAUGGCCACGCCCCCCCCCCCCCCCCCCCUCCCCCCCCCCCCCGCCCCCUCGCACGCGGCCUCCCCCCGGCUGAAGGUGAAGACGGACGUGAGGGGGGAGGCGCUGGAGAGCCUGCCCCAGCGGCCGUACCCGUCUCCCGCCCACCACCCUGCCAGCCCGCCGCUCUGCUCGCCCACGCCCACGCCCACGCCCGCGCCCACGCACGCGCUGCCCGCCAAGACCGAGGUCCUCGAGGAGUCGGAGAAGAAAGGAUUGGAGAAAGAUGGCGCCUCUUCCUUCCAGGCCUUGUAUCCCGAGAUUCCUCAAGGAUACAGUUAUCGACCUGUGGCAGCAUCGUUUGGCAGCCAUUACCCCUACCUCCUGCAACCCACCACUGCCUCUGAUGCCGAUGGUCUUGCACCUGACAUCCCACUGCCGGCUGAAGUCACCGAGGCCCUGCCUUGUCCCGUUACCCCGCCCCCGCCCGACAUCAAGCCGCCGCCGCGCCUGCGUUCCCCGCCCACGGAGGACGUGUCGCCGGCCGGCGCGGACACGGGGGCCCCGCGGCGAGAUGACCUGAUGGAGGACCUGGAGGACAGUAAAGCCCUGUGCGAGCGGCGGCUGGAGCUGCGGAGCGAACCCCUACCCUACCCCGGGGAGGGGGGCUCUGGGGCUGCGGUCCUGAGCGCGGAGCCCGCAGCUUCAGCUGCUCUCCAGACCCAGGAGGACCACGGCUGUUGCCCCUCACCCUACCGGACUAACGCCUGCACUGGCGACGUGGAGGUCAAGACUGAGCUGCGGUCAGUGCAGGCGGGCUCCCCUCUUGGUGACUAUCAGAGCACGACGGCACAGCACUGCCACGCGGACAUCCGCAAGGAGCAGGAGGAGGAGAUGCCGGAGGGAGAGAGUUGUUACUUUGAAGCCGUGAAGCUGGAGUGUCAGAGCGUUGGCGGGGACACGGUGACCUGCGCUCCCUCCAGCACCAGGGACGAGGAUUUCGAGCACUUUGAGUCGAGGCAGGAGUUGCUGCAUUUCCGGGGCCCGGAGGGGAAGAUGGACGACCCCAUGGCUGGGAUGAAUGCGCUGGUGGCUGCGGUGGAGCUUCCACAAGCCUGCUCCUUGGCCGUGGAGCCCAGCCUGCCCAGCGGCCUCCCGUUGCCCUCCAACCUCAACAUGGCCGAGACCUCCUCCCUCAUCGGCAUUGCCCUGCUGAGCGAGAUCGCGGAACUUGAACUGGAACGCCGCAGAUCCAGCGAGAUCAGUCGACGGGCGGAGGGAGGAGGGACCCACUUGGAUCUGGAGAGCCUCCUGGUUGCCAGCACGCAGGCCUUGUUGAUGGACUCCAUGCCUCUCCUCGGGGCGGAAGCUCUCGAGGCGGCGAAGAGCGGACCAGCGAUCGUCCGACUCCCCCGGGAGCUGAACCCAAACAAGAGAUACAGCUGGAUGCAGAAGAAAGACGAGCCGAUGUUCUCCAUGAAGUGUGCCAUGGAGGGCAUGGACACCAUGGAGCUGGACUACAGGAUGAAGCUGGCUGAGCUACAGAGGAGAUACAAGGGGAAACAAAGGGAGCUGGCCAAGCUGCAGAAGAGGAGGGACUACGAAGAAAAACUGGAUGAGAGAAGUAGGAGUUUAUCGCGGAGAGGACCCGGAAGGCCACGAAAGAGAGAGCAAGGCUCAAAGGCUCCGUCACCGCAUGUUGAUAGAGGGAGAAAUGACAGCAAGAGUGGGAAGCUCGGCAAAGGCUACCUGCUGCCCGACGAGCUGGAGAUGGGCGACGGGGCCAAAAGGAAAGCCAGGUCCUUGACCCAGGACGAGGAGGAAGAGACGGAGAGCGUGAGUGUGAAAGUAAAGAGGAGAAACCGGAUGUGGGACGAGCAGGACGCGUCUUCAAGCUUUUCGCACGAGAGCCACGGCCUGAUUAAGUUCAAGAAGAAGAGGAAGGUCAGUGAACAAGACCAACUGGCGACCAAACUGCACCAAACCCUCUCGCUAACUAAAUUAAAGUCACCCUUUAAGUUUGCAGAUGGCCUGGCAGGGAAGCAGAAAUGUCACGCGGCCGACAGCUAUAGGCACCUGGCCUCUCACGAAGACUUUCUGGGGAAGGACGGAAGGAAGGCCUUGUACAAAAGCAUUGGUGCGUCACCAAGUUUGCUCCCCUCCAAAGAAAGUAAAAACAAAAUGGCGGCCAAGAGCAGGAAGUUGGAGCCAAGUUCAAAGAUCAAGGGUAGGCUCAAGGCAUCCCAUUCUCCAGCGAGGUCAGAGGUCAGCAGUUACUCUUACAAUACCGACACGGACGACGAGGACGUGGAGGAUCUGUGCAAGAACGAGUGGCCGCGGCGGUCCACCUCCAGCCUGGCCGAGCGACCAGGCCCCAAGCAGAAGGUGGCUCCCACCCUCUACGGCCUGAUGUCAAAGAAGAGCAAGGCUUCACUGGGCGGCAGCAUCAAGCAGGCCAAGAGACUUGCUUCCGCCACCGGGACUGUGUCAACACAGCGGGCCCUUGACAAGAAAAAACUCAAGCACUUUGCGUUGCUGCUGGCAGAGGCCGAGGCCAGGACCUCCUUCACCGACAGCUCGGAGGACUCAUUCAAUCAAGAUUACACCUCUGAAGAGGAGGAUUAUAGGAAGGACUGCAGUGAUAAUGUGUCCUCACUCAUGUUGGAGGAGAGCGGCCUGGGCCUGCUAGCCCGCUUCGCAGCCAGCGCCAUGCCCAGCCCCGUCAUGACCCCGCCACUGUCCAUCGUGCAGCUGGAGGCCAAGCAGAAAGCCCGGAAGAAAGAAGAACGGCAAAGUUUGAUGGGCACGGAAUUUGAAUACACGGACUCUGAAAGUGAGAUCAAGAUCAAGCAGAAGCUGGCGAUGGUGCCUCGGGGGAAGAAGUCCCUUCAGGAGCCGGGGGCGAUGAGCAGGAGCGAGCAGCCGUGCGUGGAUCGGCAGCGGGGCGCGGAGAAGGAGAGGAAGGAGAAGGCCAAGCAGAAAUCUCCGCGCGAGUUCACCUUCGACUUUGGCGCCGAGGUCAGCGACGACGAUGCGUGGAGCCGGCGGCGGCGGAGCGAGAGAAUCUUCCUCAACGACGCUUCUGCCAUCGCCUCCGCCGCGCUGUCUCCGGCCGCCAUCCCCUGCACCGUCCCCGCCAUUAAAGCCAGCAGAUGCGUGAGGGGCUCGGCCGUCAGUCCCAGGAAAGAUGCAGCCAAGGCCAAGAACAAGAGGAAGAAAGGGAACGAGAUGCAGUCCCCCGACUUGUCCCUGGCCCAGAGUGGGAGCAGCGAGCCUGAGCCCAGGGUCGGGGUCCUACGCAGUGCCAGCCCCUGCAAGAAGACCAAGCUCAAGGUGAAGGCAAAGGAUGGCAAAAAGGAGCAGACUCGCUGUAAGGGUGGGGCCGUGAGUAAGCUGAUGGAGAGCAUGGCUGCGGAUGAGGACUUUGAGCAGAAUCAGGACAGCAGCUUCUCUGAGGAUGAGAACCUUCCGCUCAGCAUGUUGGUGGAACGGCCCUGCACACCAGCCCCCCGCUCGUGUGUGAUCGACAAGGAUGAGCUGAAGGAUGGGCUCCGGGUGCUGAUCCCCAUGGAUGACAAGCUCCUGUAUGCGGGCUACGUGAAGACUGUCCAUUUUCCUGACAUCUACCGUGUGGUCGUGGAGGGAGAGAGGGGGAACCGUCCUCACAUCUAUUCAUUGGAGCAGCUCCUGCAGGAAGCGAUCAUCGACGUGAAGCCCUCCUCCGCGAGGUUACUGCCCGAGGGAACCCGUAUCGCUGCCUACUGGAGUCAACAAUAUCGCUGCCUCUAUCCGGGCGCCGUUGUCAGAGGUAGUCCGGACCCUGGCGAAGACGUUGACCUGAUCACGGUGGAGUUCGACGAUGGCGACACUGGCCGCAUUCCCAUCUCGCACAUCCACCUCCUCCCUCCAGACUACAAGAUUCAAUUGUCUGAUUCAGAGACUGGCUUCCUCUUUGCAGGUGCCGAACCCUCGCCGGCACUGCUGCUGCCCGACACCAAGAGGCAGAGCAGGAAGUCCAGCAGAGACUCCACCGACACCAAGGAGGCCCUCGGCAACGCCCCGGCGACCAAAGCCAAAGGCCGCGGCAGGAAGACGUCCAUCAAAGGCAAACCCGGGCCAGACUGUGCUUUAGAUCAGGCCGCUGUUUCUGGCCUGGUGGAAGGUCAGAGCGUUGCGGAGGGUCUGUGCACGGCAGGCAGCAAGGCCGCGAGGAAGGGCCUGCAGAAGGGGAGUGCGGCGGGGGCUUCAUGCUGGCCCACCAGGGAGAAGAAGAAGAAGGUGGCCAAAGGGAAGGUCAACAUAAAGCCAAUCUCCGUGCAGCAACCUCCCGCCUUCCCCCCGCCCGCCUUCGUCAGCGCCCAGACCGCGCAGACUCACGGCGAUCCGCCUGCCCCGUCCGACUCCUACGCCCCCCCUCCCGACACCACCGCUGCCAGGCCAAAGGUCAAGAAGGGGAAGAAGGCGGAAGAAGAGCCUGCGGAGUUUGGGAAGGGGCCGCGGACACAGCUGGAGUCGGACGUCCUGGUGAAGCUCGACCACGAAGGGGUGAUGUCCCCGAAGAGUAAGAAGACCAAAGCCAUGAUGAUGGAGGAGCAGAAGGCAGAGGCCAACCUGCCCUCUUACCCAGCGGGCAGCGAGGUCAAACACAAACCCUCCAGGACUAAAGCUGCCAAGAAGGAACCCAACAUUGGGCCCACCUACACUGGCUCUGACACCAUGGCCAAACUGAAAGUCAAGGAGAAGGAUGAGGGGGAGAGUAGCAGCAGCAGCAGCAGCAGCAGCCCAGAGUCGGAUGGUGAACACAAGGGGCGGAACGAUGGCGGCGGCGUGGCGCGGGGAAACAGCAGCACGGCCAGCUCGCGGGCAUCGUCUCCCGUGUCUACGUCCUCCUCAUCCAGUUCUUCAUCCUCUUCCUCAUCCAGCUCCUCCUCCUCUUCCUCCACCUCCUCCUCCUCCUCCUCCUCCACCACCGACGAGGAGGACUCCUCCUGCAGCUCGGACGAGGAGCCGGCUUACCGGCCGGCGCCGGGCCCCGGAGUGGUCGCAACCGCCAGCGCGGGGCAGCCGCAGCCCCCCGAGCCGCAGCCCCAGUGCCCGCCGCUGCCCCCAGCCCGGAGGCAGAAGGCGCAGCCCAGCAUCGACAACAAGAGCAAGGCCAAGAAGCGGGACUCCGUCCACCUGCCCACCACCAAGGAGCUGGCCAAGCGUCAACGUCUCCCCUCCGUGGAGAACCGGCCAAAGAUCGCCGCGUUCCUGCCCGCCCGCCAACUCUGGAAAUGGUUCGGCAAACCCACACAAAGGCGAGGGAUGAAGGGGAAGGCCAAGAAGCUCUUCUACAAGGCGAUCGUCAGAGGCAAGGAGAUCAUCCGCCUUGGAGACUGCGCCGUCUUCCUGUCCGCUGGGCGACCCAACCUGCCGUACAUUGGCCGCAUCCAGAGCAUGUGGGAGUCCUGGGGUAACAACAUGGUGGUCCGGGUCAAGUGGUUCUACCACCCAGAGGAGACCAACCUGGGCAAAAAAAUCAAUGACGGCAAUUGUGCUCUGUACCAGUCGUCACACAUCGACGAGAACGAUGUACAGACCAUCUCCCACAAGUGUCAGGUGGUCAACCUGGAGCAGUACGAGCAGAUGGUGAAGACCAAGAAGUACCAGGACAGCGAGGACUUGUACCACCUGGCGGGCACCUACGAGCCCACCACGGGCAUGAUCUUCAACACGGACGGCGUGCCCAUCAUCUGCUAGGGGUGGGGGGCGCGAUGCCGAGCGCCAGGACGACGGUCCGAACGCGGAGAGAGAACGAGCGGGGAGGGGGAGGGGGAGUGGGGGACGAGCCACCACGCCAGGAAGAUGAUGGUCGGCCUUCCCAAACCCUGGCCCCGCGGCCUCUGCUUCCCGAGAGCAGGCGACGGUCAAGGGCGCUCCUCGCAGCUCGGGGGGGACGGGUCAGCUGAUCUCCAGUCGCAGCAAGCAGGACUACCCGCCGGCACCAGGAUGGCGCGACUCAUGCACUUAAUACUGAACGAACGGGGGGGGGAUGGGCACGACUCUUGUUGUAGCCUGCGACACCUUUGGCAGUGUGACUGGGCAUCCCUCCCCCACUGCCCCCUGGGCACUGGUCAUAAGCUUGGAUGGAAACUGUCCACUGGACUCCGGUACCUAUUCAGGAUGGAGACGGGGUCACCCAAGCACAGAGCAUGUCAAUAAACGAGAGAAUCAAGACUUUUAGAAGAGAUAGCAUAUUAGUGUAUUUUUGUACGGUGAAGAUCGCUUGCCCUGCUGCCCGACCUAGUCGAGUUGGGACUGGGGGUGGGGUGGGGGGGGAAGUACGUUUAUGUACAGUUUGCAAAACGGUCUACUCAUGUCGUGUAUCAAAUGUCCACGUUGUGUGAAGCAAGAGCUAUCGGAGAGAUCGGGGAGCGGAUUGAGCUCCGUUUACAGCUGGCGAGAUCAAUGAACUGCGGAGGCCGGGCGGGCUGGUGUAAAAUUGGCCGUGGAACCAGAGUGGCGACAGUGGUUGUUGGAGAGCACUUAUUCACUGCCGGAUGCCUUCUGUGGAGAGCUGAUUGCUGACAAUCGAGUAAGGAGGGGAGGAUUUUCACAUUGUUUUGAUGUACAUAGAUACUUAUAUAUGUUGUACAGUUGAUGGCAAGUAACCUUUGCAUGCCACUUGCAGGGAACAGCGGGCUGCAGCGGUUCACGUUGAGGAAAUGUGAACCGCAUGCACUCGAAUCCACGUCCGUGGACCGACCGACAGUAACAAUGCCUCGUUCUCACAGUGCCCUAUUCUAGAGACGGACCCAGAAACUCAGUGGGGCACCCGGGGCAAAAUCUCUGGAGAGAAGGAGUGGGUGACGUUUCAGGACGAGACCCUUCCUCAGACUGCAGUUCCUUCCCACACAAUGAUCUAUUCUCCAUUUUUACCUCGGUCUCCGUCCCCCUUCCUUCUCUCAUUUUCACGCCCCUCUCACCCGUCCGUAUCUCUCGUCUCCCUCUGCCCCCGACUCUCGGUGGGAAGGCCGGUCUCGAACUCUCUGCCUCAGAGGGCAGUGGAGGCCGGUUCUCUGGAAGCUUACAAGAGAGAGCUAGAUAGGGCUCUUAAAGAUAGCGGAGUCAGGGGAUAUGGGGAGAAGGCAGGAACGGGGUACUGAUUGGGGAUGAUCAUCCAUGAUCACAUUGAAUGGCGGUGCUGGCUCGAAGGGCCGAAUGGCCGACUCCUGCACCUAUAGUCUAUUCUCUAUUGACCCAAAACGUCACCCAUUCCUUUUCUCCAGAGAUGCUGCUGCUUGUCCCGCAGAGUUACUCCAGCGUUCUGUGUCUAUAUCAACAGUGUACACUCUUCAUUGUAACAGUGCAGUGUGUAUCAGGAGUGUAGUUGCAAGCCCAGUAGAGCAGCUAUCAACAUUAAAGCCCAGCCCCGUCUAAAACUCAUCAACUCCCCCAAUCGGAGAUUAUUUAGCCUCAUUGCUAAGUAUUUCCACAAAAUACAUACCUCUGAAAUGAAAUAUUGUCGGCACUUGCGUCAAAUAACAUUAGCAAACAUUGCAUACACCAAACGAUUGUCCAUUGAACAGAUUACUUCAUUUGAGAUGAAAAUUCGUUCAGGUUUGACAUAAAAUUAUUUGGUUUCUCUGGCUCCAAAGGACAUUAAAAGCGUUGAAUUUUAGUGGAAUUCAAAGCGAAGGUUGUUUCAACAAAUAAAAAGUUUUCCAGGAAUGGUUUUAACCCUUUGUUUAAAACAAAUCAAAUCAUUUCACCUUUUAAUUUAACCCAUUGUAGUCUCUGAAUUAGUCCCUGACGAAAUGCAUUGCGUUUUGAACUGGACAUUUUAGUUGUGAGGCAGAAACAAAGGAACUGCAGAUGCUGCAGAUGCUGGUUAAUACACAAAAGGACACAAAGUGCUGGAGUGACCAGCAGGUCGGGCAGCAUCUCUGGAGAACAGGUGAUGUUUUGGGUUGGGAACCCUUCUUCAGACUAGUCUCGGGAGUCUUCAGACUUCAUCCCCCCCCCCACCUCCCCUACAAUCAGUCUGACAAAGGGUCCCAGUCUGAAACGUCACCUGUCCACGUUCUCCAGAGAUGCUGCCUGACCCAAAAUGCUGGAGUAACUCAGUCGGGGCAGCCAGCAUCUCUGGAGACAUUUCGGGUCGAGACCCUUCUUCAGACCCCGUAACGUCACCCAUUCCUUCUCUCCAGAGAUGCUGCCUGUCCCGCUGAGUUACUCCAGCAUAUCCUCGGUGUAAACCAGCACCUGCGGUUCCUUUCCCAACACACGCUGCCUGACCCGCUGAGUGGCCCCAGCACUUUGUGUCACUUGUCUGUGAUGUUACCGUGCGCCACAAGGAUGUUCAGCCGUGAUGUUCAAUUAAUGUGCAAAGUUGUUCAAAAUGACAAUGGCUGGAGGCAGCACACGGGCAAAGCUUGCCGUAGCCUCUGUACUUUUUUCACCUGUAGAAGUGGACCCAGACUGUGAGGCAGGUCUUGUUCAGAGGAGUGUUCAAUAGCAGGCGGCUUUGACAGGAUAUAGUGUGCACUUGUCACUAUAGCGACCGUGCCUGCACCGUGAGUUAGUCAUUAUGAUUAACUGCGUUUUAAUUAACCUCUAGAUUCCCCAGAAGCCACAGUUACUAUUUUAAUUAACGCUGUGAUAGAUUGGCAUUCAGUGCAGGGCCCCUGCUUGCAAAUCCCGCGUCUCGUAUCGGCGUCUGUGAGUUCAUCGGCGUUUUGCAUUUCAAGUGCGGUCGUGCAAGUUAAACGCGCACACACGGGGCGGGGAGAAAUCAAAGACUCUGAGAGCGUUUUUAUUUUAUUUUUUCAAACGGGGGGGGGGAAAUAAUUAAUUAAUGAUCUCUACACAGACACAGUGGCAAAGCAACAAAGGGGGAAAUGCAAUGGACAUUUGGCAUCACAAAGUGUAAAGCACUGCUCUUAUACCCAGGUGUAUACAAGGCAACAAGAACAAUGCCUCCCCAUGUUAAAUCAUGCCCCUGUAUUUAAUGAAAGUCUCCACUGCUCUUUACAGGACUGGUUUGUGAGGAUUGUUUCUCUGGAGUUUAGAAGGAUGAGAGGGAAUCUUAUAGAAACUUAUAACAUUCUUAAGUGAGACAUGUUCCCCACGCAGGAGGCAUGUUCCCCAUGUUGGGAAGAGUCCAGAACCAGGGGGUCAUGGUUUAAGAAUAAGGGGUUGGCCAUUUAGGGCUGAGGUGAGGAAAACUGUUUACACCCAGAGAGUUGUGAAUCUGUGGAAUUCUUUGCCACAGAAGGCAGUGGAGGCCAAGGCCUAAGAGGGAGUUAUAGAGCUCUUAGGGCUGACGGAAUCAAGGGAUAUGGGGAGAAAGCAGGAACGGGGUACUGAUUCUGGAUGAUCAGCCAUGGUCACAUUAUGAAUGGCGGUGCUGGCUCGAAGGGCCAAAUGGCCUACCCCUGCACCAAUUGUCUAUGUUUUCGAGGCAUACACAACACAUGCUGGUCAUGCCUCAUCAGUUUGGAUUGAAGCUCUGUCCAUAAUCUAAUAUCAUGAAAAUCCCCCUUUUUCUUUUCAAAAAAAGAUUUAAAAAUACAAAGGAAAAACAAUAAUUUCCGUGUUUCAAUCUGCCCUUGGCAUGACGUGUUCAAGGACCACUUUGCGGAGGCCUUAUACCCUUGCUUUCUGUUUUGAUCUGUCCUUUUCACACCUUACGAGCUCUUUGUACCAUUCCAUAUCUCUAGUUUCCCUCCCACCCCCCACCCCCGACUCUCAGUCUGAAGAAGGGCCUGUACCUGAAACGUCACCUAUUCCCUCUCUCAAAGGAGAUGCUGCCUCUCUCGCUGAGUUACUCUGGCACUUUGAGUCGACUAGUUAUUGAAUGUUUUUAAAGUCCACCCAGUCGGUCUUCUCAGCCGUCAAAUCCACUGAGCCUGCAAACGCCAACCAGCCUGUGGGUUAGUGACGUUUUGGGGGGCAGAUUCCCCAACAUAAAUGACUACAGAUUGGGUAGUACAGUCGGGCUGAAGGUGACAUUUCUCCACCAAAAUGGUUAAUGAAUAGAGUUUAGUUUCGAGAUACGGCGCAGAAAAAGGGUCUUCGGCCUACCGAGUCCACGCCGACCAUCGAUCGCACGUUCACACAGUUCUAUGUGUUCCCACUUUUAGAGGCACAGAUUUAGAGAAAUGUCACAUGGAAACAGGCCCUUUGGCCCUCCGAGUCCACACACAGCGACCAGCGAUCACCCCGUACACUAGCACUAUCCCACCCACUUUACGGACAAUUUACUGUAGGGCCAAUUAACCUACAAACCCCCACGUCUUUGAAUUGUGGGAGGAAAACGGAGUGCCCGGAGAAAACCCACGCAGGUCACGGGGAGAGAACGUGCAAACUCCGCACAGACAGCGCCCGAGGUCGGAAUCGUACCCGGGUCUCGGGCGCUGUGAGGCUAUUCCACCACCCCCCCCCCACCACCAGAUUUACCAAGGGGACACCUCAACGGGAGAAGUCACGGACACAAAACUACCUUCAGCCGAAUUCCGAACCUACUGAUAUUUGCACACCGAUUUUGCAAUCAACGUGUUGUUCCAACACAACGCAAGCCUCCAGGGCCACAUGUAACCUCUGGCCUUAUUUGGGGGCGGCCUACUUCAAGAAAACAGUUUUUAAAACGACGACACUUUAAAACCCUCCAGCAAUCAGUUUCUGCAAUAAAAUGGAGGAUCGCGUCUGGAGAGAGCCACUACAUUUGUUGUUUUUUGAGAAAGAGCAUUGGAACAAUCAGAUCACUACCUAGUCCUAAUCCUUCUCACCUCCCCCCCCCCACCCCCGCCCUCCACACACACACACAACUCCUAUGAAGGAAGAACAAGCCCCCCACGACCUAAAACGUGCAAUACUGUUGAGUGAUUGGAUUCUCUGGACUUUACUGCAAGUGCAUGACAAUAGAUUAUUUGUGAUUUUUAUGACCACCAUUGAAGUGGACAAACCUGAGCAGGCAGGAGGCUGGUCCACUGUUGGUCCUUGCUUAAUGGUUGUCCUUCCACAGUCAGUGUGUACACGGUUGUGUGUAAAACAGUCUAAAGGGGUUUAAAGAGAUUAUUUUGGGAAUGACAAAAAUAAGCAUUGAACCAUUUUGUAAAUGAGCUGUCCAGGGGGGG